AUGUCACAGUCAGCAAAGAAAGCUUUCAUCACGGAAAUCUUCGAGCGUGACAACCACACGGAAGAUGAAUAUUGCAAAUAUGAACGGAGCCUGAGUAAAUGCUACAGUACCACUGACGUCAGCCGAAGGGACUACAUCCGGGCAUGUAAACACUGUGGAGUCGUGCCUUUAUCCGCGUUUCUACGACAGCUAGGAGAAAGAAAAAUGUCUCUUAAGUUUCAACUUCUUUCUAAGAACGCCAUCAAGUGCUGUGCAAUCGCUUUACUUCGUAAUUUGGAUAUACAGUCAUUGGACUUUGAGGGUUGUCAGAUAGGGCUACCGGGAGCUAAAUAUAUUUACGAUCUACUGCAAAAGCGGACAAAUAUUACAGAAAUAAAUCUAAGUAGCAACAAGCUAGAAACAGAUGGUCUAAGAUGGAUGGUGCAGCUUCUGCAGUCAAACCAUCACAUCAAAUCCAUUAAUCUUUCAAACAAUCAGUUCAUGGACAGUGAUGCGAUGUAUAUUGCAGACAUGUUACACGGAGACAACAUUGUAAAUGAGCUAAAUCUAAGUCACAACAAAUUCUCCGAGGAGGGUGGACUGAUCAUAGGAAGUGCGUUAGGUUGUAAUGACACGAUUAAAAUACUAAAUCUAAGUUGGAACCAUUUGCGAGGAAGGGGAGCACAUGCCAUUGGACUAGGCCUGCAGAAAAACACAGCAAUUAAAAUCCUUAAUGUGUCCUGGAAUGGCUUUGAUGUUGCUGGAUGUCAUGGUCUUGCUCACGGUUUGGAGAAAAAUAACACACUGGUUGACUUGGACGUAAGCUCAAACAGAAUCGGCAUUACGGCAGUAAGCAAGCUAUUGGAAGGAAUGAAACGAAAUUCAUCACUUGAGAUUUUAAGGAUCGGAAACAACCCUAUAACAGCUCAGGGAUCUAUGGUUAUACUACAUACGUUAAACCGGAUUCCACAUAUCAAAUACGUUGAUUUUGGCUUGCAACCAGUUGACAUGGACUUUGUAACAACUUUGGUUAAGUACCAAAAGAGUCGCGAUCUACACGCUACCUAUGGGAAGGUUUGUCUGAAGCCUAUCGGAGAUGAUGGAGACCCUACGAUGUAUAUAUAUGGAGAUCCUGUCACCAUUAUGUUUGAGUUUACGAGGAUGAAGGAAGUAGAUGUUCUUGAUCUCUUCAUCACCUUUGACACAGACGGUAGCCAUUCCCUUUCUUGGGAAGAAUUCAAAGAAGGUGUACAGUUCAGUAAAAUGCCGGUCCGAAUGCGAGACUUGGAUACCAUCAUUAAAAGAAUAGACAUUAAUUUGGACGGAGAAAUAAACUUUUCCGAAUUAAUGAUCGCCCAAAAGGAGCACAACUUGCGAGUGAAGAAGUUGAUGGAAAAGGGAGAACGAGUAUUUUUACAGAGUGAGAUAGGUUACGUGCAUCAAGAACUACUUAAGUGGUUUGAGGACAAGGGAGUUACGCUAAAACAUUACAGCAUUAUGUUGAAUAUGCAAAGUGCCGAGACUAAAGAAACAUCGAAUAACACUUGAAUGUACCCUCCGAAUGUUUCA